AUGCCGAUCCCAUACCAAGUAGCGUUCAAGCCAUUGAACCCGCCCAAGGUCGGCGACAAUGGCUACGUCGAGCCCACACCAGGUAAAUCUGAAGUGCUCAAGAAAGGCUCUGCACCCUUCGGCUGUCGAACGCUCGACUCGGACGUACGUAUCGACCACGAUGUCGAGAUUGUAGUGCGGGACGGCUGCCGUCUGUACGCCGACAUCUACCGACCCGCGGACGAUCAAGACAACGUGCCCGUCAUCGUCUCUUGGUCUCCCUACGGCAAAAAGUACUCGGCGAUCGACAUGAUCUUCAACGUGUGCAUGUGGCGGUGCUGCAUCAAGGACGAAGACGUCAGUGGACUCGAAAAGUUUGAAGGCUUGGAUCCGGCCUACUGGGUGGCGCGUGGAUAUGCGAUCGCCAGCGUCGACGCUCGCGGUGCAGGAAACAGCGACGGCGACACGCUCGUCCUGGGCGCGCAGGAAGCCGAGGACAUCCACGACGUCAUCGAAGCUCUCGCUAAGCUUCCCUGGUGCAACGGCAACGUCGGUAUGGCUGGAAACUCGUACCUCGCCAUCUCCCAAUGGCACGCCGCUGCGCAGAACCCACCUUCGCUCAAAGCCAUCGCUCCAUGGGAAGGAUCCGGUGAUAUCUUCCGCGAGCAGUUCUGUCGUGGCGGUUGGUUCACCCUGUCGAACUUCGACCUCAUCACCACGCUCGUCAUCAAGGGCAAGCACGGCGUCGAAGACUUUGACGAGAUGCACCGCCGCUCGCACCUCGCCAACAUCUACUGGAACGACAAGCGCGUCGACAUGUCCAAGAUCAACAUCCCCUGCUUCAUCACCGGUUCCGACUUUAGCCAGAUCCAUACGAUGGGAGCGAUCAGGGGGUGGAUGCAGGUCAACACGGACAAGAAGUGGAUCAAGUGGAGCGGAUACCAAGAAUGGUUCGAGCUGUACUCUGUUCCAGAGAGCAACGUCGAGCUCAAGCUCUUCUUUGACAAGUACCUCAAGAACAUCGACAACGACUGGGAAAAGACGCCCAAGGUGCGUUGGGCCACCUUGCCCUUUGGCGAUCGCGAUGUCAAGCACGACAUUGUCCUGCCCGAUUUCCCUCACCCUUCCACCGACUACCGCAGCUUCUACCUCGCCGCCGACGGGCAACUCUCCUCGACUCUCCCCGACCCCACCGGCUUCUCGUCUCACAACUCGGAAGAGCGUUUUUCCAUCUCCAAGUUCAAACACACCUUCACCUCGGCCACCCGGCUGAUCGGCAUCCCCAAAGCGGAGCUGUACAUGUCGUGCGAUGCGCUGGACGAUCUCGUCGUAUUCGUGCAGCUGCGCAAGCUCGAUGCUUCCGGUAAAGAACUUUCGCAGCUCCAGUUCCCGCUUUCGCGCGCUCCCGUAAAGUCGAUUGACGACAUGAAGGAGUCGGAACGACAGAGUCUCUCGCUGCACAAUGGAUCGAUCGGCGUGCUGAGGGCUAGUCAACGCAAGAUCGACGCCAAGCGCUCGCUGCACGAGAACUUCCCCUUCCACCCGCACGACGAGAUUUGGAAGGUCACCCCCGGCGAAGUUGUCAAGCUGGACAUCGGUAUUUGGGCUAUGGGUGUCGACUACGAGGCGGGCGAGAGCAUUCAGGUGGACAUCUUGGGUCAGUGGCCCGGCUUCAGCGAGGUGGCGGCCUUCCACAAACCACGACCCGAGUCGGAGAAGAACAAGGGCGUUCACAAGGUGCACUUCGGUGGUCAAUAUCCCAGCCGUGUCAUCUUGCCCUUUGUUCCAUUGUAG